AGCAGUUUGAAUCGCUCUAGGUAUAUAAGUCAACACAAAGUUGUCUAUUUUGUAUCAGGCCCCAUACAAGGCUCUGGAGGCUUUGGCGUGAACCAGUCAUGACUUUUGCUUCUUUGAGUUCUUUAGGACGUAGUGGUGUUGACGGUUGGCUAAGUGGAUAAUGGAGCUGUAGUGUGAUAGAUUUCAUUGGUUCAGAGGGAUCUUGGGUUAUAGAGCCUGGGUACUAUUGAUUUUAGUCUACUUCAGGAAGGUUUAGGCAAUAUCCACAGCACCUGGGUCAGUCUCCCUGUUUGUGCAGUACUCUUUGAAUUAUUACAAGUACUCAUGUGCGCAUGCAUAAACACACACAAACACACACACAGACAGACACACACACAGACACACACACACCCCACAUAUACAAAGAAGAGGCACAUAGGUGGUUUGACAAGUUCACUGAGGUGCAAACACAGGCAAGCCCACCACACAUAUGCACAUGUGUAUAUAUAAAUAUUACACACAUUAUAUUUUUUUCUUUUGAAAAAUCUAUCAGGAACUCAAAGAUGAAUGCAGGCAGUUAGGGAGGCCCUGCUUCUCUCCUUGUUAGAGCAAUACUUAGAAAUAAAGGCAUAAUUGACUGUCAUAUUGCUAGGUUUCUUUUAAGAACAUGGCUGUAAAUAAGGUGGAGGUCAUGUGCUCUCUCUUAGGUUGUGGCUGCUGAAACAUGAAAGCAGUCAAACAAAAAUAACCCAAGUGGAACAUGGUCCACUUGAUUGUAAUUAAUGAAGCUUCCAUUUUCCAUUUUUACUUUGGGCAACACUCCCUGAAAAUGACCAACGAUAAAUGCAAUCUAAUAAUAACAGUGGUUGCAACUUUUCAACAAGUAUCUCAAGUGUGAGGCCGCUUCUACCAUCAGCCACUUAAUAGUCAGCAUCAAGAAACUAAGGCUAGAGGUUACAUCUAAUUAUGAAGGUUAGCACAUGGCGGCACCAGGAAUCCAAAGAAAGAUUCUUCGAUUCCCAGGCUGCUAAGCAAUGAUGCAUUAGUGCUUCCCAAGUGCCUUGUCCAGCCUUUAGGAUGAGGACUGUCUUUUGGAAUAUUAAUAUCUCCAUAAUACAUAGUAUCUCCUGGGUUCUUCAGAAAUUCUUGGAGACAAUGCCAUGUGCAGGACAUAAGCUAAUAAGAAAAGAAAUAUUAAUAGUCUCAAAUAAGCUUCCAUGCUUACUGUAUACAUGACCUUGGUAAAAGCGCCUUACAAUGAAUUUUCUUUUCAAACACAUAUGAUGCUACAGGAACUAGUAUAAAAAGAAGUUUACAGCUCAGUGGAGAUUUUUGUCUGUGUGAGCUAUUUACAAUAGCCUAGAAACUUCCACAUUGUCCUUUUAAAGUCAGUAGCAUAGACGAGAUUAUUUCUAUUAUUAUCAGUGACUUUUGCCUGUUAUUGUGCUAUAUAAGUGGACUCAUGCCAUAUUGAUCUUUUAUAUCUGUUUUUAAGGCAUCGCCAUGGUUUUUUAUGAGUUGGUGUCUGUUUAUUCUUUUGCUGUGUGAUGGAUGCUGUAUUUCAUUAAUUCACAACAUUUCACUUAGUGCUCCAGUGUAUGGAUACUUUGGGUUGUUUUGAGUUUUGCAGUAAUACAGUUAAGUCUAUUAAAUGAUGUUUUUUGGACUUAGUGGAUAUAUUUUCCUGACUAUGAAUACAGAAGUCAGAUCUCAGGGUCAUGAAGUGGGCUUUUGUUUAACUUCAAUAAAUAUGGCCACAUAGUUUUGCACAGUGAUUGAAUCUAUUUACAAAUGCAUCGAGCAUUCCUUUUGUCCCUUGUUUGCAUCCAUACUUGGCUGCUGUCAGUCUUUUACGUUUUAUCCAUUCUCUUUAUACAGUACUAUCUCUUGUCUGUUUUUCUCACCUAAAUGCUUUACAUCUAAUGUUCAUAGAAACUCCAUGAAACUGGAAUUAUUCUCAUUUUACAGAUGAGAAAACUGAGGUAGAGACAUGUCAAAUAAAAAAAAAUCUUGUUUUUAGGCUUACAUAGCUAGUCAAUGAAAAAGAGAAGAUUUUGAGUCAGGCUGGCUUCUAAACAUUCUGACACAGAGUGGGGAUGUUCAUGAGAGAGAAACGUGGUUAUACUUCAAGUCAGUGAGUAUUGACUUCUAGCACAGUUUGCUGCUCUAGAUCUUAACAAUGGCACACAUAUUUAUUUAAUAACCUAAGAUACAAAUUGCUGUAGCAUUCCCAAAGUAUGUAGCUAUUUAAGUACUGAUUACUUUUAUCUUAGAAAGGGUUCAGAAUAAAUGUAAACUAUGCAUGGUGAGCCAUGUUUGUAAUCUUAAUCUUUUGAGAGGCUGAGGCCAGAAGAUCACCCUGAGUUUGAAGCAAGCCUGGACUAUACAAUGAGUUCCAGACCAGCCUGGAUGAUAGAAUGCGAUGCUAUCUCAAAAACACCAACACACACACACACACACACACACACACACACACACACACACACACACACAUACACACACACACACACACACACACACACACACACACACACACACACGUAUACACAUACAGGGAGGUCAGAGGAGAACUGUGGGAGUUGUUCUUCAGGUACCUUCUACCUUCUGUUUUGAGGCUGAGUCUCUCAUGGGCCUGGAACUUAGGCCAGGCUAGCCCACCAACAAGCUCCAUGGCCCUGACUGCACUUCUCUUCUGGUCAUCACUGGCAUUUUAAAGUCAUACAACCUCAUCUGUCAUUGUACAUGGGUUCAAGGACUUGAACUCAGGUCUUCAUGCUUUUGAGGCAAGAGCUUUACUGAUUGAGCUGUCUUCACAGCUACAUAACCUAAUUUACUUACUGACUGUCAAUUGUGCCCAUUUUCUGAUCUAGGUUAAUAAAAUAAAAAUCGAUACUGGAGUUUCUUUUUCGACUAUCUUCUGAGCACUUUUUCAGGAAGAUAACUGCAUCUUUGUUUGGGAUACAUUGCUGAUGUCCAACAGACAUCUAUCGAGUCAGUUAUUUAGUGAUGCUCUGCCACCAUUGACCCACACGGCACAGUUCACACAUGCACAUCUGAAGAUGAACGUGAAAACAGAGCCUCUGGAGCCCCAGGCUUCAAAGCCAGGGCUUGUGGCCACAGGGAUAUGAAUGGUGUUUUGGAAGGAAAACGGGUUUGGAAGCAGCUUAAAUGUAGCAGUAAAUGAAUAUGAGUCGGAGUUAAGCACCCAUCACCCGCCUCCACGCAGUCCCAUCUCUCCCAGACAUUUGGAGCCAUUUCUGCUGAACUCCGCCUAGUCAGUUUCCCACCGGGUAACAGCACGCGGCAGGAAUAACGGCUUUUGCCUGAACUUGUGCCUGCUCCCUCCAUCAGCCACUUGAAGGCAUUUUGGAAUUGUGUGCUUUUUUUUUUUUUCUAAACAGCAUAUAAAAGCAAAUUGAAUUCAAUGCUUGUAAAAAGGGUGGCUUAUGUCUGAGACAAGGAUGUGUUCUUUCAACUCUAAAUGGAAUGGUGAAAAAAAAAACCUGAAUGCAAGGUGUUAUUUCCUGUGGGGCAAAGAAAGAUUAUUUUCUACUGUCACACUCUUUCUGCACCAUUCUUGAUUCUCUCUCAUACUGAUCUCUCUUUUUCUUUGUGAAUGUGUGUGUGUGUGUGUGUGUGUGUGUGCGUGCACGAGCGUGUGUAUCUACCUCUGUGAGUCUUGCCUUCCCAAUUUUAUUAUGAAAAUGUAAGUGCAAACAAGCAUGAAUUGUUCUCUAGCAGGGUCUGUGUACAGUGCUCUGCGAUUAUAUAUUUAAUCAGAGCUCUCUCUUACUCACUAGUUGUGCCACUUUACACAAGUUAGUUAACCUCUCUGUGCUUGUACUUCCUCACUUGAGAAACGGAGGUAAUGACAAGGCUUUGAGGGAGGAGCUGUAAUUAUUCUGUAGACUAGGAAACUGGGAGAACCGAGUUACUGGUCCUAGGUCACACAGGUGAUAGGUGUUGGACUAGAGAUGCCUGAGCACUCCUAGCCCAUGUGUAUAGCUCUCAAGUCUGAGUCUCUAAAUACAUCUGUGCUUAGUGUCUUUGAAUUCAUGUAUGGGAAUCAUGAAAAAGAAUAGACUUUUCACUCAGAAUGACGUACUCGUUCUUAUUUUUUUUAAAUAUUCCUGAUGAACAUGUGUGUAUUGUACAUGUGAAAGGGUGUUUAUCAGCUCCUUCUGAACUAUUUUAGGAACGUUGUUACAUGACUGCUGUAUAAUACUGAGUGCCUUGAUUGCAUUUUUGACACAGAGGUAUACCUUAUACAAAGUGACUGAGUUCAGUUGAGAUAAUAUUAGAUAGUUGAGAUCACCUUAUCUAGAACAGGUUCCAAUGAUAGGUCUAAUGCUGGUUACCAGCAUCUGUUUAACAAAUAUUCUAUGCUCCACUUGAGACCAGAAGAUGACCAGGACAGACACUGCACAUUGUCUCCUUGAAGCUUCUUGCCUACUGGGAUGGUGCACAGAACCGAUAUACCAUGUAUCAUCUGGACAAUGCUGAGAGAGGAAGAAACUACUCUUAGCUUCAUGUGCCAAGCGGAGGGCAUGGCUCUAUAGUGUGCUGCUCUGGUUGGUGAGGACCAGCCUCUUUGCCCAGAUCUUCCUGAACUUGACCUUUCUGAACUUGAUGUGAAUGACUUGGAUACAGACAGCUUUCUGGGUGGAUUGAAGUGGUGUAGCGACCAAUCGGAAAUCAUAUCCAACCAGUACAACAAUGAGCCUGCGAACAUAUUUGAGAAGAUAGAUGAAGAGAAUGAGGCAAACUUGCUAGCGGUUCUCACAGAGACACUGGACAGUCUCCCCGUGGAUGAAGACGGAUUGCCCUCAUUUGAUGCACUGACAGAUGGAGCCGUGACCACUGACAACGAGGCCAGUCCUUCCUCCAUGCCUGACGGCACCCCUCCCCCUCAGGAGGCAGAAGAGCCGUCUCUACUUAAGAAGCUCUUACUGGCACCAGCCAACACUCAGCUCAGCUACAAUGAAUGCAGCGGUCUUAGCACUCAGAACCAUGCAGCAAACCACACCCACAGGAUCAGAACAAACCCUGCCAUUGUUAAGACCGAGAAUUCAUGGAGCAAUAAAGCGAAGAGCAUUUGUCAACAGCAAAAGCCACAAAGACGUCCCUGCUCAGAGCUUCUCAAGUAUCUGACCACAAACGAUGACCCUCCUCACACCAAACCCACAGAAAACAGGAACAGCAGCAGAGACAAAUGUGCUUCGAAAAAGAAGUCCCAUACACAACCGCAGUCGCAACAUGCUCAAGCCAAACCAACAACUUUAUCUCUUCCUCUGACCCCAGAGUCACCAAAUGACCCCAAGGGUUCCCCAUUUGAGAACAAGACUAUUGAGCGAACCUUAAGUGUGGAACUCUCUGGAACUGCAGGCCUAACUCCUCCCACAACUCCUCCUCAUAAAGCCAACCAAGAUAACCCUUUCAAGGCUUCGCCAAAGCUGAAGCCCUCUUGCAAGACCGUGGUGCCACCGCCAACCAAGAGGGCCCGGUACAGUGAGUGUUCUGGUACCCAAGGCAGCCACUCCACCAAGAAAGGGCCCGAGCAAUCUGAGUUGUACGCACAACUCAGCAAGUCCUCAGGGCUCAGCCGAGGACACGAGGAAAGGAAGACUAAACGGCCCAGUCUCCGGCUGUUUGGUGACCAUGACUACUGUCAGUCACUCAAUUCCAAAACGGAUAUACUCAUUAACAUAUCACAGGAGCUCCAAGACUCUAGACAACUAGACUUCAAAGAUGCCUCCUGUGACUGGCAGGGGCACAUCUGUUCUUCCACAGAUUCAGGCCAGUGCUACCUGAGAGAGACUUUGGAGGCCAGCAAGCAGGUCUCUCCUUGCAGCACCAGAAAACAGCUCCAAGACCAGGAAAUCCGAGCGGAGCUGAACAAGCACUUCGGUCAUCCCUGUCAAGCUGUGUUUGACGACAAAUCAGACAAGACCAGUGAACUAAGGGAUGGCGACUUCAGUAAUGAACAAUUCUCCAAACUACCUGUGUUUAUAAAUUCAGGACUAGCCAUGGAUGGCCUAUUUGAUGACAGUGAAGAUGAAAGUGAUAAACUGAGCUACCCUUGGGAUGGCACGCAGCCCUAUUCAUUGUUCGAUGUGUCGCCUUCUUGCUCUUCCUUUAACUCUCCGUGUCGAGACUCAGUGUCACCACCGAAAUCCUUAUUUUCUCAAAGACCCCAAAGGAUGCGCUCUCGUUCAAGAUCCUUUUCUCGACACAGGUCGUGUUCCCGAUCACCAUAUUCCAGGUCAAGAUCAAGGUCCCCAGGCAGUAGAUCCUCUUCAAGAUCCUGUUACUACUAUGAAUCAAGCCACUACAGACACCGCACACACCGCAAUUCUCCCUUGUAUGUGAGAUCACGUUCAAGGUCACCCUACAGCCGUAGGCCCAGGUACGACAGCUAUGAAGCCUAUGAGCACGAAAGGCUCAAGAGGGAUGAAUACCGCAAAGAGCACGAGAAGCGGGAGUCUGAAAGGGCCAAACAGAGAGAGAGGCAGAAGCAGAAAGCAAUUGAAGAGCGCCGUGUGAUUUACGUUGGUAAAAUCAGACCUGACACAACGCGGACAGAAUUGAGAGACCGCUUUGAAGUUUUUGGUGAAAUUGAGGAAUGCACCGUAAAUCUGCGGGAUGAUGGAGACAGCUAUGGUUUCAUCACCUACCGUUACACCUGUGACGCUUUCGCUGCUCUUGAGAAUGGAUAUACUUUACGCAGGUCGAACGAAACUGACUUCGAGCUGUACUUUUGUGGACGGAAGCAAUUUUUCAAGUCUAACUAUGCAGACCUAGAUACCAACUCAGACGAUUUUGACCCUGCUUCCACCAAGAGCAAGUAUGACUCUCUGGAUUUUGAUAGUUUACUGAAGGAAGCUCAGAGAAGCUUGCGCAGGUAACGUGUUCCCAGGCUGAGGAAUGACAGAGAGAUGGUCAAUACCUCAUGGGACAGCGUGUCCUUUCCCAAGACUCUUGCAAGUCAUACUUAGGAAUUUCUCCUACUUUACACUCUCUGUACAAAAAUAAAACAAAACAAAACAACAAUAACAACAACAACAACAACAAUAACAACAACAACCAUACCAGAACAAGAACAACGGUUUACAUGAACACAGCUGCUGAAGAGGCAAGAGACAGAAUGAUAAUCCAGUAAGCACACGUUUAUUCACGGGUGUCAGCUUUGCUUUCCCUGGAGGCUCUUGGUGACAGUGUGUGUGCGUGUGUGUGUGUGGGUGUGCGUGUGUGUAUGUGUGUGUGUGUACUUGUUUGGAAAGUACAUAUGUACACAUGUGAGGACUUGGGGGCACCUGAACAGAACGAACAAGGGCGACCCCUUCAAAUGGCAGCAUUUCCAUGAAGACACACUUAAAACCUACAACUUCAAAAUGUUCGUAUUCUAUACAAAAGGAAAAUAAAUAAAUAUAAAUUAAAAGGAAAGAAAACUCACAAACCACCCUAAAAUGACACUGCUGAUGCCUGUUGUCAGCCUCCGGUACCGUCUUUUCAGAAAGUGCAAAACCCAGAAAGUGCAAAACCAACCUGCAGCAAGCUCUCUCUCUCUCUUAAUGUAAUCAUUACGUGACAAUCCCGAAGACACUACAGGUUCCAUAGAACUCAUAUCCACCUCUCUCUCUCUCUCUCUCUCUCUCUCUCUCUCUCUCUCUCUCCUCUCUCCUCUCUCCUCUCUCCCUCCCUUCUUUGCCAUUGAAUCUGGGUGGGAGAGGAUACUGCAGGCACCAGAUGCUAAACUUUCCUAACAUUUUGAAGUUUCUGUAGUUUGUCCUUUGUCCUGACACCUAUGUAUAUGUUCAAAAUGUUGAUCUUCCACUGCAGAUUUUGAAAAGCCUUGUUAUUGGUCAAGCGGGGAGUGUGUUCAGUGGCUCCUUCUGAGGAGCAGACGCGGUGUUACAUGAGUACUGAGAGUUGAGUAGAACUCUCUGGAUGUGUUCAGAUAGUGUAAUUGCUACAUUCUCUGAUGUAGUUAAGUAUUUACAGAUGUUAAAUGGAGUAUUUUUAUUUUAUGUACAUACUCUACAACUAUGUUCUUUUUUGUUACAGCUAUGCACUGUAAAUGCAGCCUUCUUUUCAAAACUGCUAAAUUUUUCUUAAUCAAGAAUAUUCAAAUGUAAUUAUGAGGUGAAACAAUUAUUGUACACUAACAUAUUUAGAAGCUAAACUUACUGCUUAUAUAUAUUUGAUUGUAAAAAAAAAAAAAAACAAAACCAACAAAACAAAAGACAGUGUGUGUGUGUGUGUCCGUUGAGUGCAAGUCCAACAAAAUGGCGCUUCACGCACAUCCAUCCCUUCUUAGGUGAGCUUCAAUCUAAGCAUCUUGUCAACAACAACAAAAAUCCUAGGCCCCUCAAGGUAUUAACCACUUCUGCAAUAUUUUUCCACAUUUUCUUGUUGCUUGUUUUUCUUUGAAGUUUUAUACACUGGAUUUGUUAGGGGAAUGAAAUUUUCUCAUCUAAAAUUUUUCUAGACAAUAUCAUGAUUUUAUGUAAAGUCUCUCAAUGGGGAACCAUUAAGAAAUGUUUUUAUUUUCUCUAUCAACAGUAGAUUUGAAACUAGAGGUCAAAAAAAAUCUUUUUAAAAUGCUGUUUUGUUUUAAUUUUUGUGAUUUUAAUUUGAUACAAAAUGCUGAGGUAAUAAUUACAGUAUGAUUUUUACAAUAGUCAAUGUGUGUCUGAAGACUAUCUUUGAAGCCAGUAUCUCUUUCCCUUGGCAGAGUAUGAUGAUGGUAUUUAAUCUGUAUUUUUUACAGUUAUACAUCCUGUAAAAUACUGAUAUUUCAUUCCUUUGUUUACUAAAGAGACAUAUUUAUCAGUUGCAGAUAGCCUAUUUAUUAUAAAUUAAGAGAUGAUGAAAAUAAUAAGGUCAGUGGAGACUUUCUACCCAGGGUGCAUGGCAGUUGUCAGGCUGGAGUGUACCUUCUUCGUUUGGGAAACUCAGCUCUCGCAGAAGCAGUGUUCCAUCUUUCACUAGCAUGGCCUCUGAUACGACCAUGGUGUUGUUCUUGGUGACAUUGCUUCUGCUAAAUUUAAUAUUAAUAAUAAUAAAUGUCAGAAAAAAAACCCUCCAUUUUGAGCAUCAGGAUUUCAUCUGAGUAUGGAGUCGCUGCCAUGGGAGUCACUAAACUUUGGAGUAUGUAUUUCAUUUCCAAAUUGAGAUGCAUUUACUGUUUGGCUGACAUGAAUUUUCUGGAAGAUAUGAUAGACCUACUACUUAACCGUUUUUGUUUGUUUUUUUUUCUUUGUUGUUGUUGUUUUGUUUUUUGUUUUUUUGUUUUUCUCUCUCACCCAACACUAUCUUACAAAAUGGGUUUCACCCCCAGGCCAAUGCAGCUAAUUUUGACAGCUGCAUUCAUUUAUCACCAGCAUAUUGUGUUCUGAGUGAAUCCACUGUCUGUCCUGUCGAAUGCUUGCUCAAGUGUUUGGCUUAUUAUUUCUAAGUAGAUAGAAAGCAAUAAAUAACUAUGAAAUAAAAAAGAAUUGUGUUCACAGGUUCUGCGUUACAACAGUAACACAUCUUUAAUCCGCCUAAUUCUUGUUCUGUAGGAUAAAUGCAGGUAUUUUAACUCUUUGUGAACGCCAAACUAAAGUUUACAGUCUUUCUUUCUGAAUUUUGAGUAUCUUCUGUUGUAGAAUAAUAAUAAAAAGACUAUUAAGAGCAAUAAAUUAUUUUUAAGAAAUCAAUAUUUAGUAAAUCCUGUUAUGUGUUUAAGGACCAGAUGCGUUCUCUAUUUUGCCUUUAAAUUUUUGUGAUCCAACUUUAAAAACAUACGUUGUCUUGUUUGCCCUGGAUCAUGGACAUGACUAAAAUUUUGUGGUUUCUUUUCUUACUUAUCAAAAGACAACACUACAGAUUUCAUGUUGAGGAUUCAUUGAGCUCUCACCCUCUGGCCUGACAAAUCUUGUUACCAUGAAGAUAGUUUUCCUCCGUGGACUUCAAAUUGCAUCUAAAAUUAGUGAAGCUUGUGUAUCUUAUGCAGACACUGUGGGUAGCCCAUCAAAAUAUAAGCUGUAAGCUUUGUUCCUUUCAUUUUUUUUUUUUUACUUCUUUUGGGAGAGAAUAUUUCCAACAAACACAUGCACCCCACCAACAGGGGAGGCAAAUUUCAGCAUAGAUCUAUAAGACUUUCAGAUGACCAUGGGCCAUUGCCUUCAUGCUGUGGUAAGUACUACAUCUACAAUUUUGGUACCCGAACUGGUGCUUUAGAAAUGCGGGGUUUUUAUUAAAAAAAAAAAAAAGAAAUGUAGCAGAAUAAUUCUUUUAGUGCAGCAACUCAGUUUUUGUAAAGGACUCUGAGAACACUUGGGCUGUGAACAUUCAAAGCAGCAGAGAGGGAACCUGGCACUAUUGGGGUAAAGUGUUUGGGUCAGUUGAAAAAAAGGAAACCUUUUCAUGCCUUUAGAUGUGAGCUAACAGUAGGUAAUGAUCAUGUGUCCCUUUUUGAUGGCUGUACGAAGAACUUCAAUCACUGUAGUCUAAGAUCUGAUCUAUAGAUGACCUAGAAUAGCCAUGUAAUAUAAUGUGAUGAUUCUAAAUUUGUACCUAUGUGACAGACAUUUUCAAUAAUGUGAAAACUGCAGAUUUGAUGGAGCUACUUUAAGAUUUGUAGGUGAAAGUGUGCUACUGUUGGUUGAACUAUGCUGAAGAGGGAAAGUGAGUGAUUAGUUUGAGCCCUUGCUGGCUCUUUUCCACCUGCCAAUUCUACAUGUAUUGUUGUGGUUUUAUUCAUUGUAUGAAAAUUCCUGUGAUUUUUUUUUAAAUGUGCAGUACACAUCAGCCUCACUGAGCUAAUAAAGGGAAAAGAAUGUUUCAAAUCUA